CAGCUGAUUUAAAGAAUUUGAGCAACGAAGUGUGUGAAAUUUACACUGAUCAACGCUGGAAGAUUGGACGCAAUUUUAAAACUUAAUUUUUAUUUAUUAUAAUUUUAGAUCUGCAUGCGAAUAUUCAACCAACUCAAAGCAGUAAAGAAGUACAUAGAUAUUGGUGCCAAUCUUACUGAUCCCAUGUUCCGUGGUAUCUAUGGCGGUACACAAAAGCACACUAAUGACUUAGAUUUGGUGUUGGAACGUGCGUGGAAGCAAGGCAUUGAAAAUAUGAUCAUUACCGUGGGCACACUGAAUGAGGCAGAUGAGGCUUUAAAUUUAGCCAAAACAAAUGAUCGACUGACUGUCACCAUGGGCUGCCAUCCAACACGCUGCAAUGAAUUCACAACCGAACCGGAGCAAUAUUAUGAAGGUUUACGUGUGAAAAUACGUGAAAAUCCAGACAAAGUGAUUGCUAUAGGUGAAUGUGGACUCGACUAUGACCGCUUGCAUUUCUGUGAAAAAGAUACGCAAAAAAAAUAUUUCGAAAAACAACUUAGUUUGGCGGCGGAAUUUCGCUUACCACUUUUCCUACACUGCCGCAGCGCACAUGAAGACUUCAUGGAAAUACUCGAACGCAAUCGCGACAAGUUACUGGAAUGCGGUGGUGGCGUAGUGCACAGUUUUGACGGCACUUUUGAGGAAGCUGAAAAAGUGAUUGCUUUCGGUGGCCUUUACAUCGGUUUGAAUGGUUGUUCACUAAAGACGUCAGAAAAUUUGGAAGUUGUGAAAAAAUUGCCCAACGAGUGCAUAAUGUUGGAAACAGAUUGCCCGUGGUGCGGUAUAAGACCAUCACAUGCGGGUUCCAAAUUUGUGAAAACCAAAUUUACGGCGGUUAAGAAAAAGGAAAAAUGGACAGCGGAGACACUAGUGGACGGACGUUGUGAGCCAUGUCAAAUAAGUCAAGUGCUGGAAGUUAUUGCGGGCGUUAAGGAGCAGGAUACUGCCAAACUAUCCAAAAUAUACUAUGAUAACACCUUGAAUUUAUUCUUUAAUAAAAGUAAAAAGUAACCAAUUGCAAUUGCUAGUUUUUGUAAAAAUAAAUGCUUAAAAUUGUGCAAAAA